AUACGGGUGGUGGACCAGUGAAAAGCUCAUAGGGGUUGUUUUGGGUCGUAUCGACUAACAGCCUACUCUGUCAUUCAGGUACGAGAUGUGGCCGGCUCUGUCCCUGCAUGGGGCGCAUGCUGGUCUGCCUGGAAUGGUUCCUGUACCUGUUCACUUUCCUCCUUUUCUUCUACCCCAUCUUCACCCUCUUGGGUACCUUAUAUUACAUAUUAUAUUAAUAUAUAAUUAGAUAACUGUCAAGAUCCUACCGUUGGGUAAUGUUAGGCUGGUGGGUAACUGGUGGUCAUGGUAACUGUGGGAGUGGCUUCCUUGAUUGACCUUGAUUAUGGUCACCCUAGGGAUCCAAGAUGGCCGAUACAGAAUCAAGAUGGUGUCUGGAUAGACAGCAUGGUGCCCGGUGGUUACACUCCAAAAUCAUAAGACUUUGUAAAGCCCAUUCACCCACAUACCAGGACCACACCAGAAUUAAGGAUUCCUACGGGGAACGCGACCGCCCCCUUUGUCGUCUUUGUUUGUCUAUGUUAUAUGUCAAAACAAUAACUGAACGAGACAGCUACCGUUCACCCCAAACGCUUGGGCUAUCCCCCCUACCAGAGAGAGAAGGACCAGAGCUAGCCAGGAACCCAGUUCUACUUUCUACGAAGCUGUCGACUUUGAGUAGCGGAAAAGAGAAUUGCAGCAUUCCGACGCCGGUGCGGAUCACGUUCAAUUCAACGCAGUUGAGCAACAGCUCUGCACAAGACGAAAUAUACACCGCAGUCUGCCCGUCCCCGGCACGGGGAAGACUGGGGCGCAUUGUCGGGGGUACCCCGGCGGGGGCGGGGCCCUGGGGCUGGCAGAUUAGCCUCCAGUGGAAGGAGAACCACUUCUGCGGAGGCUCCAUCAUCUCCCCGCGCUGGGUCAUCACCGCGGCGCACUGCUUGGUGCAUUCCAACAUGUUCGAGCCAUCCAACUGGGAGGUUGUGGUGGGAUCAUUGCGAUUGCUGGACGUGUCCCAGGGUCAGCGGUACCGUGUGGGGAGGGUGAUCUACCACCCCCUGUACAACUCCAGCAGUCGGGACUACGACCUCGGGCUUCUGAGCAUGCUCACAGACAUCCAGCUGAUAGGGGGCGUGCGGCCUGUUUGUCUGCCCAGUCCCAGCGCAUCCUUCCCUCCUGAAACAAGGUGCUGGAUUACAGGCUGGGGGUAUACCAGAGAGAACGGGCUGCUGUCCGACGAGCUCCAACAGGCGUGCGUUCAGAUCAUAUCCCCAGCCACGUGCUCCCAACGGUAUGUCUACGGAGGCCUCCUAACUCCCCGGAUGUUUUGUGCUGGUUACAUGAAGGGAGGAGUCGACUCGUGUCAGGGCGACAGCGGGGGUCCACUGGUCUGUGAGACCGGUCCCGGGGACUGGAGGCUAGUGGGCGUGGUGAGCUGGGGGCACGGCUGCGGCCGCGCCGGUAAACCGGGGGUGUACACCAGCGUGACCUCGCUGGUCCGCUGGAUCUACCGUGAAACCCAGGUACGUCCUCGACCCACCGGGGGCGGGCUAGUCCAACAGGGGAAUCUGUGAGUUAAAUAAAUGCGUUAAACAGGUGAGUUGGCAGGUUUAACGUGUGAAUAAAACAGGUGUGUUUAGAAGGUGUGUCGAUGAGUUAAACAGGGGUGUUGGUGAACAAAACCGAUGUUUGGAUGAGUUAAACCAGGUGAGGUAAAGGUCCAUGCCACCUACUGUGAGUGGGAUACUGGGAUUAGUCGUCACAAGCCGUUUUGAAAAUCUGUUUUAUGACGUCACAAGUGGGCGUGUCCACCUAGAUGUGUGCUGGAUAGAUCAGUCUACUAGACUGAUGGACCGUAGCAAACGUUGCUCAUCUAUCCGUCAGACAUCUAGAUGGACACGCCCACUUGUGAUGUCAUAAGAUCCCGAUUUCCCAAACGGCUUGUGACGGCUACUCACCACUGGUGGAGUGUCGUGGGACAUUGAAAUAGGAGAGUUGGCGAGUUGAGCCCUAUGGAUCCUCAUCCCUUUACACACAUUAAGGUCCCAUGUUCCCUCAGCCCAAUGUUACCUCAGCCCUCUUACGUAUACUAUGAUCUGUCAGUCCUAUGUUCCCUCAGCCCAGGGUCGGACUGGGAACAAUUUUCGGCCCUGGCAUUUUUCAAUCUACACCGGCCCCUAUGGACCGACCGACC